AUGAGGUGGACGGAGGCGUCCUUCACCAACGGGCAGCCACCUCCUUCCCCCCGCAGCGGCCACUCCGCCACGGUCGUCAACGGCGGCGAGGUGGUAGUCUUUGGCGGCCUGCACACCAGCAAUUUUAUCGGCGAGACCGUGGUGCUCUCGCUGUCCGAGGGGCGAUGGUGGAGGCCGCCGUCCGCGGCGGUCGGAGGCCCGGGGCCGCGCGCGUUUCACUGCGCGGUCGCCGUGGACAAGCAGCUCUUCGUCAUCUGCGGCCGCACCGGCCGGCAGCAGCACGGCGAUACGUGGGUGCUCGACACCACCACGUGGGAGUGGCGACCGAUGGGGCGCAUGCCCGGGGCGGUGGGAUCCGACACGAUCGCUCCGCGCGACUUUGGCACCGCGCAGCGAGUCGGCGGCACCGAUAAGAUCGUCCUCUUCGGCGGGUACGACGGCAAGAAGUGGCUCAGCGACGCGCACGUGCUGGACACCGCGAACGGGGUGUGGAGGGCGCUGAACUUCCCUUCGCCGUCCCCAUCCCCGCGAAGCGGCCACGCCAUGUCGACGGCGCAAAACGGGCGGCACCUCCUCUUCGGCGGUCAGGGCCCCAACGGAACCCUGUGCCACGACCUGUGGGCGCUGAGGGGGGUCGACGAAACCCGCGACGACGAUCACGACGAGUGGACGCGGCUGCAGCUUCGGGGCGACGCGCCCGCCGCGAGGGCGGGUCACGCGCUCGUGGCUCUGGAUCGUUUCAUCGUCGUCUUCGGCGGCGGCGGCGGCAAGGGGUGGAUGAGCAAGCAGCAGGAGUACCGCAACGACCUCCACGUCAUCGACCGGGAGUCGAUGCGGUGGCGGCGGCUCGCCGGGAGCGCGCCGAGCGAGGCGGGGCGGGGCGGGCUGGCACCGACGCAGCCCGGUCCCCGCGCGUUUCACGCGAUGUGUCGGGUGGGCGAACGCGCGCUGUUGAUUGGGGGAUUCACCGGUUCCGAGGCGCUCAACGACGCGUGGUGGCUG